GUAUAAGAUCAGCAAACACUCGAGACAUAAAAAAAAGGUUUCAUUCUUUCUCCUUCCUCAAUGAUUUAUCCCCUUAUAAAUACUCAUUCCUUCCCACAUGUAUCCUCACAAACCAUUUAAUUAGCCUCUCCACAUCUACAAAGGUCACAAGUCACGAAUACAAAGGAAGCCAUGAAGAACAUACUCUCAUGCAUAGUUACUAUCAUAACCCUCUCGUUCCUUACAACCAAUGCUCAAGGAAGAAAGGUAUCACAGUCAUAUGAAACGUACGAGUACACAGCCAUCACAUGCAGAUCCCACAGCGCCUCCAUAACAGACUUCGGUGGCGUCGGAGACGGCAAAACAUUGAACACAAAGGCCUUCCAGAGCGCCGUAGAUCAUCUCAGCCAAUACUCAUCCGACGGCGGAGCUCAGCUCUUUGUCCCCGCCGGAAAAUGGCUCACCGGAAGUUUCAGCCUCACAAGCCAUUUCACUCUGUUCCUUCACAAAGACGCUACUCUCCUCGCUGCUCAAGACUUAGAAGAAUACCUAGUUCUUAAAGCUUUGCCUUCUUACGGAAGAGGACGUGACGCCGCCGGUGGAAGAUUCGCUAGUCUUGUCUUCGGGACUAAUCUCUCCGACGUAAUCAUAACCGGAAACAAUGGUACAAUCGAUGGUCAAGGAUCGUUUUGGUGGCAGAAGUUUCACGGUGGUAAACUCAAAUACACUCGGCCGUACCUGAUCGAGCUAAUGUUCUCCGACACCAUACAGAUUUCGAAUAUAACGCUCAUUGAUUCUCCAUCGUGGAAUAUUCACCCGGUGUACAGUAGCAACAUCAUCGUGAAAGGUGUGACGAUCAUCGCCCCGGUGAAAUCUCCGAACACCGAUGGAAUCAACCCAGACUCGUGCACGAACACCAGAAUCGAAGACUGCUACAUAAUCUCCGGCGACGACUGCGUCGCCGUGAAAAGCGGAUGGGACGAGUACGGAAUCUCCUUCGGCAUGCCGACGAAGCACCUCAUAAUCCGCCGCCUCACCUGCAUCUCCCCCUACAGCGCCGCGAUCGCGCUGGGGAGCGAGAUGUCCGGCGGGAUCGAAGACGUCCGAGCGGAGGAGAUCACGGCGUACCAGACCGAGUCCGGCGUGCGGAUAAAAACCGCGGUGGGGAGAGGAGCGUUCGUGAGGAACGUGUACGUGAGAGGGAUGAGGCUCCACACGAUGAAGUGGGUGUUCUGGAUGACCGGGAACUACAAGGCCCACGCGGAUAGCCACUACGACCCUCACGCUCUACCGGAGAUAACCGGGAUUAAUUAUAGAGACAUUGUCGCUGAGAAUGUUUCCAUGGCUGGGAGGCUUGAAGGGAUCUCGGGUGAUCCGUUUAAGGGGAUUUGUAUCUCCAACGCGACCAUCUCUAUGGCGGUUAAGCAUAAGAAGGUGAUGUGGAUGUGUAGUGACGUGGAGGGGGUUACGAGUGGUGUUGAUCCUAAGCCGUGCGAUUUGCUUGAUGGAAAGCAGGAGAAGAUGGACGGUGGGUGUGAGUUUCCGAGUGAUGUGUUGGAGAUUGAUAAUGUUGAGCUUAAGAGUUGUAGCUAUCAGAUGAAUUAGAAUGUAUGUAAUGAAACCAAUCUAUGAGAAGAUGUUUAUGUGUGUAUCUGAUCUAUAGUAAAUGAAGAUGAAAUCAAACUGAGUUUUUAGUCA